GGUCUAGAGCGCGUCGCAAAUCUUCCUUUGAUUUUGCUGUAAUAUUCAUGUCCUUGUGAAUAUAAUCCCAAUCCUUUAUCAAUUGGAGACCGUCUGGUGUUGUGGACUGAAAUUGAUGUUUCAAUUGCUCAGAUCAUCAACACAAGAUGUUGUUUUCUGCUUGUGAACAUACUAAUGACCAGUCUUUCGGACCCAAUGUCUUAGGUUGCCGAGGAGACUUCGACUUCACCAUCAAGUUUGAGCAACUCUUCUUCUCUCUCACUCCUGCGGCUAUCUUCAUCCUCGCGUCGCUAUGGCGAAUUUACCUACUCGUAUCGAGGCCGACCAUUGUUGGCGCUCCAUUGCUGCGCCUAGCGAAACUUGCCGUGCUUAUUUCGUAUGCCUCACUUGAGCUUUCGCUACUCAUCUUAGUCACGCUACUCUCGUUCGGCGCCGAUAGUGUUGAUAUCAUCUCUUCCAUUCUUCGCCUUGCUGCCGCUCUUUGCAUGGUCGGGCUCUCUUACUUCGACCACAGUAGGUCGCCAAGGCCAUCCGUCUUACUGAGUGUAUAUCUCUUCUGGACUCUCUUGUUCGAUAUCGCCCAAGUUCGAACAUACUGGCUGGCCUCCACAACUCGACCAGAAGUAGCAUAUAGUGCUAUCUUUACAGCUGCAUUUGCUAUGAAAGUGGUCAUGCUCUUACUUGAAGCUCAGCCAAAAAGAAAAUGGGUUGACUGGGAUUCGAAAGACCACAGCCCCGAGGAAACUAGCGGCAUCUAUAGCUUGGGUGUUUAUUCCUGGCUCAACCAUCUAUUCCUCGAAGGUUAUAACAAGGUCUUGGGAAUGCAGGAUUUGUACCCUCUUGACCAGACUCUAGCCGCCAACCGCGUAUCUCAACGUUUCACCAAAAUAUUGGAGCAAGAAAAGCUUAAGGGCAACAAGAUAAAUCUUAUUCGAGUCUUGGUGAAGACACUUGCGGUUCCUCUUGUGCUUCCCAUUGCGCCUCGACUCGCAUGGAUCGGAUUCAAGUUCUGCCAACCCCUAUUUAUUCAGAGUCUCACUGAACAUCUCGAACACCCCGAUGCUUUGUCUAAGUCGAAUGUUAGCUAUGGGUAUAUCGGCGCUAGCGUUUUCAUAUACUCUUGUAUCGCCAUUUCUGUGGCGUUUUACGGUUACUUUUAUCAUCGGAACUUAUUCAUGCUUCGCGCUUGUCUCGUUACGGCCAUUUAUACAAAGGCUACGGAUGUUCGUGUCGCUGGCGAAGGCGAGAAUGCAUCGUUGACACUGAUGAGCACCGACAUAGAACGUAUAAUGCUUGGCUUCCGAGCCUUACACGAAGUAUGGGCGGAUCUGCUUGAAGUUGGCCUUGCGAGCUGGCUGUUAUAUAACUUACUCGGUGUAGCCUUCAUCGCACCUAUCGCGAUCCUUCUAGUCUGUACAGGCGGAGUCUCAGUCAUGAUGCAGUUUAUGGGAGCCGGGCAAAAAGCUUGGAUGGCCGGAGUGCAAAAGCGCGUCGGGCUUACUUCAGGAGUUAUCGCCAACAUGAAGAACAUCAAGAUAUCCGGUCUCACAUCUCCGAUAGCUCGAUACAUCGAAAAGCUCCGCGCCGAUGAAUUGCGGGCUAGUUCCACCUUCCGAAAAAUGUUGCUAGGCUGUUCCACUUUCGCUUACAUACCGAUGCUUCUCUCCCCAGCUGUGACCUUUGCAGUGGCGCAUAAAAGCCUUGGAGCUUCGCAGCUUUUUACCUCAUUGUCAUAUCUUCUGCUUAUGACGGUCCCGCUCAACGAAUUGUUCGAAGCUUUACCUAUGCUUGUCGCAGCACUCACUUGCUUACAUCGUAUCCAAGAAUUUCUGCAGAGUGAAGCGCGCGAUGAUUUUCGAACCAUAUCCGUAGCGCGGAAGAAUGACCUGGAAAAGCCUCCCGAGACCCAACUCGACGACGUUCCUGCGGUAACCAUCAAGAACGGUAACUUUGGUUGGCAAUCCGAUAAAUGGGUCCUAAAUAAUAUUGAUAUCGAGGUUCCUAGGGGUUCUCUUACAAUGGUUGUUGGCCCGAUUGCAUCUGGGAAAUCAUCCUUAUGCCAAGCGCUUUUAGGAGAAAUACCGUACCACCAAGGUACGGUGUCAAUAGCCACCAAUUAUCCACGCUUAGGAUAUUGCGACCAAACGCCAUUCUUGUCGAACAGUAGCAUCAAAGACAAUAUCGUAGGUUAUUCGCCAUUCAAUGCGGAACGAUAUGCUGAAAUUAUCGAUGCGACAAUGCUCAAUGUCGAUUUCGAGACACUACCUCAAGCAGAUAGGACCAAUGUUGGAAGCAAUGGAAUCACCCUCUCUGGAGGACAAAAGCAACGAGUUUCGCUAGCAAGAUGCCUCUACUUGGAGUCCGACCUUCUCAUUAUGGAUGACGUCUUCAGUGGUUUGGACGCCGACACCGAAGAUCAAGUGUUCCAACGCGUCUUCGGAGUAAACGGUAUUUUAAGGCGACGACGGGCAACUGUGAUAUUAUGCACACAUUCGGUCCGCCAUCUCCCGGCUGCGGCGCAUGUAAUUGCUCUAGGUUCUAGCGGAAAUGUUAUCGAGCAAGGAAGUUUUGAGGACCUCCUUGCUAACCAGAGCUACGUCCACAGUCUUGGCGUUAAACAUUCAUCGACAAGCCAGACACCAAGCGAGAAUGUAGAAUCCGACGAUAAUACCACAGAACCCCAGUUAAAUCUAUUGCGAGAAGUUUCCACACAAGCUCCCAUACCCGAAGGCAAUAAUGACAGGGCGCGAAUAGCAGGUGAUAAAUCUGCUUACAAGGUAUACAUGAAGAGCAUGGGUUUACCCCUCGCUAUAUCUCUAUUCGUCUGUGGUGCGGCGGUCGGCUUCUUCGACAAUUUCCAAACAAUAUGGCUGAAAUAUUGGUCUGACGCAGCCGUCGCCACAAAUCCUCCCCACCCAUUCGGAUACUAUGCAGGAAUCUACGCGGCGUUCGAAGUUUCCAACCUCCUGUCGUUACUCAGUCUUGGAAUCCUACUUUACAUCACGGUUAUUAAUCGGUCAGGGAAAUCUUUACAUCGCGAUGCUUUAAAAACUCUUGUCCACGCACCACUUAGCUUCUUCACCAAGACUGACCAAGGCAUUGUCACGAAUCUAUUUUCCCAGGACUUAAAUCUCAUCGAUACCGAGCUACCCAGUUCUCUUCUAAGCGUGAUAUACACGGCCUUCGUAGCUCUUGGCCAGGCUGCAGUCGUCGCUACAUCAUCUCCCUAUCUGCUGAUCAGCUAUCCUUUGUUGGGAGGUAUCCUUUACGGUAUUCAGAAGUUUUAUCUUCGAACUUCAAGACAGUUACGGCUACUGGACUUGGAAGCGAAGAGUCCGCUUUACACCCAUUUCCUGGAUACCGCCAAGGGUAUCGUUACCUUGCGUGCUUUCGGGUUCACUGGCGAAGACCAAGCGAAGAAUGCCUACCUUCUAGAUAGAUCUCAGCGACCCGCAUACCUUCUUACCAUGAUUCAACAGUGGCUAACAUUUGUGCUUAACGUUGUCGUCGGUAUCAUUGCGGUCCUCCUUACGACCCUCGCUGUUCGCCUAAGCUCCAACUCAGGCUUCACUGGUGCAUCGUUAGUAACUCUAAUGGCCUUCGGAGGACUGCUCUCUAGUGCUGUAGUGUUCUACACCCAACUCGAAACAUCCCUCGGCGCCAUCAGCCGACUCAAGUCCUUCGAUAAGACCGCCACAUCGGAAGACAAACCCGGCGAGGACAUCAUCCCCCCAGAAGAAUGGCCACAGCGAGGAGAAAUUAACCUAGAAGGCGUGUCAGCCAGUUAUGGCACCGAGGAACCAACCGAAACCCCCACUCUAGCGCUCAAGAAUAUCCAGCUCAACAUCCGCCGCGGCGAAAAAGUCGCUAUCUGCGGCCGCACCGGAAGCGGUAAAUCCUCACUCAUAGCCCUCCUCCUCAAGCUCCUUGACCCAAUAACCUCCACGUCCGACCGCGUACACAUCGACAACACAGCUCUCCACCUAGUCGACCGCUCCACACUCCGUCAACGCAUAAUCGCCAUACCGCAAGACACAGUCUUCCUCCCCGACGGCUCCACUUUCCUCGAAAACCUCGACCCAUUCCACGCCUCCAGCGCCACAGACGCACAAGCCGUUCUCGAGGUCUCUGGCUUAUGGCCCUUCGUUCGCGAGCGUGGGGGACUGGAGGCUGGGUUACUAGUCAAUACACUAAGUCAGGGACAACGCCAACUCUUUUCCCUCGCCCGCGCCGUUCUCCGGCGACGCAUUCGCGCGCGGAGUCUUGGGUUUGGGGGCGGGGGGUCGGAAGGUGGGGUUUUGUUACUUGAUGAAGUGAGUUCGAGUGUGGACCAAGAAACUGAGAAGGCGAUGCAGGAGGUUAUUCGUGGGGAAUUUAGAGAGUACACUGUUGUUGCGGUGAGUCAUAGAUUGGAUAUGAUUAUGGAUUAUGAUCGUGUUGUUGUUAUGGAUAAGGGUGAGAUUGUCGAGGAGGGGAAUCCUGAAGAGUUGGCUCGACGGGCGGGGACUAGGUUUGGUGAGUUGUGGAGUUUGGGUGGGAAAUAGUCCAUCUAUGAGGGGGGUCUUUGGAU